AUGUCUGACGAGGGCGAGCAGGCCGUCGAGGUCGCCUAUCCGUGCGCCCCCGCUCCGCCGGUAGAAAUCAAGCUUUUUGUCGCCCGUAUACCCAAAACAUACGAAGAAGCCGAAAUUAGGAAGAUGUUUGAAGAAUUUGGAGAAGUUAAAGAUGUAGUCAUUAUACGAGAUAAAGCAACAAACGCACACAAAUGCUGUGCCUUCGUACGCAUGGUAUCAAUAUCGCAGGCCGAUGCGGCCAUUAAAAGACUAAACAACAAUUGCGUAGUAGAUACAGCAUUAGGAGCCGUACUAGUCAAGUAUGCUGCUGGAGAAGCGGAACGUUUAGGGUUCACAUCAUUGGUUGGAGAACCUGGCGUUAACGAAUGUAAACUAUUUGUUGGUAGUAUACCAAAAAAUGGUGACGAGGCUAUGGUGCGCGAGAUAUUCGAACCCUUUGGCACAUUAGAAGAUGUCUUUGUCAUGAAAGACCAAAGUGGCGCAAGCAAGGGUUGCGCAUUUGUCAAAAUGGCAUAUAAAGAACAAGGAUUACAUGCGAUACGUACAUUAGAUGGAAUGAAACAACUAGAUGGAUGUUCGCGACCCAUGGAAGUAAGGUUUGCCGAAUCUAAAGCAAAUAAACAACAAAAUGUCGUCAUGCAGCAUCAAAUACCUGCAAGAACACCAGUUGUACAACCACCAUACCAUAUGCCAACACCCACCCAUGUGCGCCAGGUAGGGGUAUGGAGGGAGUAUAUCUCGCCCGAGGGUAAACCUUAUUUUUACAACGAACAAACAGGACAUACACAAUGGGAACGACCGGCAGAGUUUGAUAAUGCCACUGCCAACACCUCACAGGUACCGUCAGGACCACCAGGGGCAAAUUUAUUUAUAUUUCAUAUACCAAAUGAAUGGACACAAUUUGAUCUUGUACGAACAUUUUCGCAGUUUGGUAAAAUUCUAAGCUCGAGAAUAGCAGCAGACAAAUCUACAGGGAGACAUAAAGGAUAUGCAUUUGUGUCAUAUGAUUCACCAGAAUCGGCAGCACAGGCAAUACAACAUCUUAAUGGUUUUACAGUUCUUGGAAAGAGACUCAAGGUGGCAAUCAAGAAAGGUGAUGAAACUGCAGCUGCACCGGUGGUAGGUGCGCAGGCUGCGGCCGGAACGCCGAUGGCAGCCCGCGCACCUACACCGGCGUAUCAAGCAUAUCAACCACCUUUGGCACCAGGAGCACAACCAUAUGCGCAACAGCAAUAUCCUCAGCAACCCUACUACGGAUCUUACCAAAGGUAUGCUCCAUAUUGA